AUGGCAGACGCUCAACCGCCACAGCCCCGUUCCCGUUCCCCGUCACUGGUACAGACCAAGAAGCGCAAAUCCCGCUGUGGCACAAAGGGCAACGUCCAACAAGAAGGGUCGGCCAAGAAGAACUUUGAUGGCGGCUGCCAAAGAAAAGGCCUCCUGAAAGAGGCAGAGGCUUCGGCCUAUAGCGGAGAAGGCUCGGCCCCUCGCACUCCCCCAGCCGCUGAAGCUGGCCAAAAUGACGAUAACGCCGCGGGCGCCGCCCCCGAGGGGGAGAAGAAGGCCACCUAA